AUGGUUGGUCGUCUGUUUGCCCACAACCGGAAGCUGUUGGUCCUUACUUCGGAGGAGCUCGUAUGCCUGGAGUUCGACAGGAAUCUCAUCUAUGCUGUGGGGCCGCCCAACAGGUGGCAGUCCCUCCGGUUGGUGCUAUCUCCUCAGGCGCGGCUGAUCCCGGCAGCCGACAACGGGAUGGUGUAUCUGGUGCCUUCUCCCAUGCACCAUCCAAUUCUGAUUGACCUUCGCCAGCCGGUAAGCCGGUUUUCCUUCUUCCCUAAAAAUGGCCCGAUCGAUGGAACACAGCUGGAGUACCUGUUACCGGAGUACAUGGCCCCGAUGAAUGCCCUGUCCGACGGCUGCUCCAUCUUCUUCACGGACCGCACUCGGAGGAUGCUCCUUCGGCUGGGACCGGGGAGCGGUAAUCCACUGCCCGUCGGUGUUAAUGAGAGUCCCUUUCAUUUGUUGCCGGCCGGCCAGCAGCGGGUCAACAUUUUGCCGGAUUCCGGAACCCCGCAGAGGUAUGACCUGAUCAGGUCGGUGAAACUGUCGCCCGAGCUGCAUCCUGACGAGGAUGCCUUCCCAUGGCUGCCGACGCAUUUCGCCCCCCUGGCGGGUGUCGUCUGUCCGGGCGGGCGCUUGGCCGCGAGAAAGGCCUUCAAUCUCUCGAGUAUGCCGGACCCGAGGUGGAAUUGGGCGACCCCGAGGCGGUGGAUGUGCAUCCAUGAGGGGCUGUUGGUGUCGUUCUUGUUUUUGCCAAGUGGACGGUCGCCCGACCUCCCGCCCCUUUCGGAGACGAUCUACUCCCCGACACUCGAGUUUGUCAGGUCCCUGGUGGACAAGCAGCUCGAGGUGCGCUUUGGCCCGGGACGUGUGCUGCUCGGAUCGGCUCUCCGCGGAAUGCCCCGGCUGGUGGUUGAGGGAACGCUGGCUUUCGACUUUUGCCUGCGAUCUCGACAACUGAAGUCCGGCCACUUCCCCUCGGUCGGCAGGCUGGCAAGUCCAAGCGACUCGGGGCCUUCGGACGAUCUUCCGGAGCACCCCCGGUCGGGGGGCCCGGAGGCCGGGUCGCCGCCGGGGAACCACUCGGCCGAGACCACCGAGCAGGAGAUCUUCUUCCUUGCGAAUGCCUCCCUGAAGGGGGUCCAUCUGGAGUUGGUAGAUGGCCACAUGAAGGUGGCACCCCCAGUGAGCCUGAUUCACUGGCGGGUCCUGCGGUCGUGGGACAUGUACCUCAUCGAGGAGCUGGGCAUUGUGGCCGUCGUCUCGGCAUCGACGAUUCUGCUCUAUGAUCGCCACACUUCGACGGUCGAACGCGCGUUGGAAAAGCCGCCGGGCUGUAUGUGCGGGAUCUUCGUCCUUCCUGGCAGGUGCCACCGCGUGGCGGUGGUUGCAAGCUCUCGGGUGGACAUCUUGGACAACUGGACGCCUCUAAAGACCUUGAAGCCCGAGGGUAGCUUUUGGCUGAGUGCCACUCAGGCGGAUGGCCGGUAUAUUACAUUGCGACGAGAUGAUGGCUUUUUGGACUUGCUGGACUUCGAGGAGCUGUUUUUCAUGAAGAACGCCUCCAAGUCGAUGGUACUGACGAGCGACGAUGUCCAGAAUAUUUGGAUGUGCCCGUGGACGCCUUUGGUGUGGUUCACCGGGUGUCCUGUGGAAGGGGUGUUCACGCUUCACAUGGGCACGCGACGCAGCCUCGACGGUGGCGACUCUCCGGAAAAGGAGGCCGUGGUGUCGGUGUGCCUGCGACCGGCGACACACCAGGAGCCAGUGGCCACGGUGCCGUCGACCCGAGAAUGGUUUGUGUCCGGCGGAGUGUUCUUUGGGCCUCAAAAGCCCGGUGUCGGCGAGCCGGCCGCACGGGACGGCCAUGCGGCUCCGGCGCAGGUGACUUCCCAGCCGCAGUUUCCUCCGGCCAGGGAUCAUGUAGGCUUCGUUUUUAACUUUGGCUCGCGGGAACACCUUGCGACAUCCAUGGCCACCGACAGCAAGCCGCGGCCCAAGAAACUCGAAGUGGCUUUCUUCAGCCACAAGGGCCGGCGCUUCUGUGCCCUGAGCGAAACCGAUUAA